AUGGGCCGAUUGCCCACCGAGAAUGGCUUCAUCGGCAAUCCCGCGGACUGGGGUCACAAAACUGCUCUGCUCUCCGCUGGGAGCCGUUUCGAGAAUCGCAGCGUUCCACGCCUUGCCAUCAUGGUGAAGGUCUUGUGCGUCCUGUACGAGGAUCCUAAGGAGGGGUAUCCCACCACCUACGCCCGCGACAGCAUCCCUGAGAUCAAGGCGUACCCAGGGGGUCAAACCACUCCGAGCCCUUCAACGGUGGACUUCACGCCGGGGCAUCUCCUGGGCUCUGUGAGCGGGGCCCUGGGCCUGCGGAAGUUCCUGGAAGCCGCGGGGCACAGCUUCGUGGUGACCUCCUCCAAGGAUGGCCCCGACUCCGUCUUCGAAAAGGAGCUGCCGGACGCCGACGUGGUGAUCUCCCAGCCCUUUUGGCCCGCCUACAUGAGCGCGGAGCGCUUCGAGAAGGCCAAGAAGCUGAAGCUCUGCCUCACCGCGGGCAUCGGCAGCGACCACGUGGAUCUCGCCGCGGCGUGCCGCCACAAGGUCACCGUGGCCGAGGUCACCUUCUGCAACUCCAUCUCAGUGGCGGAGCAUGUGGUCAUGUCGGUCCUGAACUUGGUGCGGAGCUUCGUGCCCGCGCAUCAAAUCGCGGAGACGGGUGGGUGGCACAUCGCGGACUGCGUAAGCCGCGCCUACGACCUCGAGGGAAUGCACGUGGGCACAGUGGGCGCCGGGCGGAUUGGCUUGGCGGUGCUCAAGCGUCUGAAGCCUUUCGACACGGUGCUGCACUACUUCGACAACCAUCGCCUGCCAGAAAGCGUGGAGAAAGAGCUGAACUUGACAUAUCACGACUCGGUGCAGUCGCUGGUGAAGGUCUGCGACGUGGUGACCAUCAACUGCCCUCUGCACCCCAAGACCGAGCACCUGUUCAACGAGGAGAUGAUCCACUCCAUGAAGCGUGGCUCCUACCUCAUCAACACCGCGCGGGGCAAGAUCUGCGACGCCUCCGCCGUGGCCAAAGCCUGCGAGGAGGGUCACCUGGCGGGCUACGCCGGGGACGUGUGGUUCCCUCAGCCAGCGCCAGGCGACCACGUCUGGCGAGGCAUGAAGGGCAAUGCCAUGACGCCCCACGUUUCAGGCACCUCCUUGUCGGCGCAGGCACGGUAUGCCGCAGGCGUCCGGGAGAUCUUGGAGUGCUUCUUUGCUGAGAAGCCGAUCCGCGAUGAGUAUCUCAUCGUACAGGAGGGGCGCUUGGCAGGAACAGGUGCCCACAGCUACACGGAGGGCAAUACCACUCAGGGCUCUGAGGAGGCGGCGCGCUUCAAGGAGGAACGGCCCUGCAAGGUGCAGCGCACUUCUGUGGGCGGCAGCUGAGACGCCGGAGGUCCUACGGGCUGGACUGUCCAGACGUGAGACUUUCAGCGCGUCUGACGUUUAGAAUGUUUGAAAGAAAAGCUGCGAGCUUGUACAUGAACUUGCAACGCCUGAAGGAUUUAGACUCGGAAUGCGAACAUGAGCUGAACUUUGUCGGCGACUUCAGGCGCAGUAUCCCGUCCUGUGCAUGAAUUCCCGCGAGCGCGCUUGACCGCUUUUUGAUGCUACUUGUGACGCUCAAGACGUUACACGCUCGGCAUGGUUUUACAGCGGUCUUCCGUACAGCAGCGCGCUUCGUGGGCAUUUCACAGGCGGUGCCACCUGCCUUUGGUUUGAAAGCGAUCAAGUUAAAGAUGACACCUCAGCGUGAC